AUGCCGGGCGCCACACCUUCCCCCCUGCACGGGACCAGUGGAGACCUCGCGGCACCACUCCUCGAACCCCCGAGCGAAACAACACAAACGAAGCGCGCCGCGGGCGUGCGCCGCAUCCUGCGGCAGUCUCGGCCCGAGUGGCCCGCGAUGGCUGCGGCGACGCUCUGCCUCGUGCUCGCGGUGCUCGGCCAGGCAGUCAUGCCCCUCCUCUUCGGGCGCAUGGUCGAUGCCACUUCGGACACGAGCGGGUCGCGCGACGCGCGGCUCCGGCGCUACUCGGCGGCCUGCGCCGAGCUCGCGCUGGUGGUCGGCGUGUCGCUGUUCUUCACGGCGGUUCGCGCCUACGUGUUUAACUCGGCGGGCGCGAAGCUGUGCAUAGAUCAUGGCCUCCACGCCAUCGACGCGACACCUGCUCGACGGCAUGGAGGUGUCGGUGCCUCUCCGCUCGAUGGAGCCAGCCCGGCCGCGUUCUCGUCGAGAAAGGACACGCGCGCUCGACUAACUGGUUGAUUUGCGCACAGGCGCGAAGGUCGUCGCGCGGCUGCGCGUCCUGCUGUUUGGGCGGAUGCUCGCGCAGGAGACGGCCUGGUUCGACGCCCGGGAGACGGGCGAUCUCCUGAGCCGCCUCGCGUCCGACACGCAGAAGCUCCAGGCGGCGGCCACGGAAACGGUAUCCCUCGCGCUCCGGUCGGCGAUCUCCGCGCUCGUGUCCUUCGCGCUCCUGUUCCUGACGUCGUGGCGCCUGGCCUGCCUCGCGACGGCGGUGGUGCCGUUCCUGAUCGGCGCGACGUUCCUCGCCAUGCGCGUCGUGAAGCGGCUCGCCAAGGAGUCGCAGGCGGCGCUGGCGCGCGCGGGCGCCGUCGCGCAGGAGGGCCUCGCGAACCAGCGGGUCGUGCGGUCCUUCGGCGCGGAGGGCUUCGAGGUCGGCCGCUACGCCCACGCCGUCGGGGACCCCGACGCGGCCGAGCGGCCGGCGAAGGACUCGAGCCUGGCGCUCGGGCUGCGGCAGGCAGGAGUCCAGGCGGCGUUCAUCACGACGACGGCGGCUCUGGGCUACGCGUCGGUGCUGGGCGUCUGGUACUACGGAGGGCUGUUAGUGGUGCGCGGCCAGAUGACGACGGGCGACCUCGUCGCGUUCGUCAUGCUGCUGCUCACGAUCACCGCGUCGCUGUCGGUCCUCGCGCAGACGGGCGCCUCCGUCGUCGAGGCCGUCGGCGCGUCGGUAGAAAUCUUCGCGGUGAUCGACCGCGAGCCGGCCAUACCCAACGAUUGGUCCUCCAAGAGCGACGCGGACCGCGCGACGGAGCUGCGGCUCGCGCGAGGCGACGCGGCGGGCUGCGCCUUCGAGGAUGUCGUCUUUUCCUACGCGUCGCGGCCCGACCUCCGCGUGCUCGACGGCCUGACGCUGCGCAUACCGGCGAAGUCGCGGGCGGCGCAGGACUGUGUGGAAAUCAUAUUUCGGGCGCCCCACGCCAUCGACGCGACCUUGUGGAUAAAACUCACUGACAGGCACUGGUGGGGCCGUCGGGCGGCGGGAAGACGACGUUGCUUCAUUUGCUCGAACGCUUCUACGACGUCGGGUCUGGCAGGAUUCUCUUCGACGGUGUUGAUAUACGAGCAGUGGAACCGACCGUUUUAAGGACGAAGAUGGCCCUCGUCGCCCAGCAGCCGGCGCUCUUUUCGGGGAGCAUACGCGACAAUAUUGCAUAUGCUUCUCGCGCGCGCGGCCUCCGCACCGACGACGCGGCCGUCGAGGCCGCGGCCAAGGCGGCGCACGCCUACGACUUCGCGACGGCGUUCCCCGACGGAUUUGAAACAGCAGUCGGCGAGCGUGGCGUCCGGCUGAGCGGCGGCCAGACGCAGCGCGUCGCCAUCGCCCGCGCGUUACUGGCGGCGCCGCGGCUGCUGCUCUUCGACGAGGCGACUUCCGCAUUGGACGCGGAGUCCGAGGCCCUCGUGCAGGACGCCAUCGAUAAACUUUGCGUCGGCCGCACGUCGAUAUCCGUCGCGCACCGGCUGUCGACGGUCGUCAACGCGGACCUGAUCGCGCUGGUCCAGGGCGGCCGCGUGAUCGGCUCGGGCACCCAUGACGCACUGCUGCAGGACUGCGCCGAGUACUCGAACCUCGUCCGCCGGCAGUUGCGCGCGGCCGACUCGUCCGCGAGCCUUGCGUCGUAAAUGUACUCAUCUGUAACAACUUGCUCUGUGGACC